ACAGACGCAGCCCUACCGAAUGAGACCGGUCCGGUCCCCCCUACGACGUUGUAGGGGGGCUGAAUGACAUCACCUCCCCAAAAAAGAAGACGCUAUAUCUCGGGAAAGAAAGAAACUGGGAAGUCACUUUCAAACGGCACAAACGUAGCACUAAUGAAUGAGCCAAAGUUCGCUUUAUUAAGGGUGCUUGGCUGCACCAGGCUGUGACAAACCAGCAUCUCUCCCUUCCAGCCUGCCCAGACCGGGACUCCUCUCUACCGACAGCAUGCCCGAGGACAAGCUGGAGCUCAGCAACAUGGAAACCACUUUCCUGGAUGGCUCCCCGAAAUCGGCCAGGACCCCCAGCACUUUUGAGCGCCUGAUCCAGCCCUGCGUGGCGGAGCUGGUGGGGACUAUGUUCUUCGUCUUCAUCGGCUGCGUGUCGGUCAUCGAGAACGUGGAGGCGGCCGGCCGACUGCAGCCCGCCCUGGUGCACGGGCUGGCAGUGGCCGUGCUGGUGGCCUGCAUGGCGGAGAUCAGCGGCUCUCACUUCAACCCGCCCUUCACCAUCGCCAUCUUCCUGGUGGGAGGGAUGAAACUGGUCAUGGUUGUCCCGUACAUCGUCUGUCAGCUGAUUGGAGGAGUGAUCGGCGCGGCCAUGUCAAAGGUGAUGACUUCAAGGCAACACUACGCCAAUGCAACAGGAGCCGCCUUCACCAUCCUCAAAAGAGAGGAUGAGCUGUGGGGCGCUCUCUUCGGGGAAGUAGCGAUGACGUGCCUCGUCACCAUGGUGGUGCUGCUGGGAGCGGUCAACGGCAAGAGCAAGAGCCCGAUGGUGCCCUUCAUGGUGGGCUGCACUGUCAUCGUCAAUAUCCUGGCCGGCGGCGACAUAUCUGGCACCUGUCUGAACCCAGCCAGAGCCUUUGGCCCGGCGGUGCUUGCUAACUACUGGACUUACCACUGGGUGUACUGGGUGGGCCCCAUACUGGGAGGCAUACUUGCUGCAGCACUGCUGAGGGUCCUGCUGGGUGAUGAGAAGAUCCGCCUCAUCAUGAAAUGAUGAGCCCCUUCAAAUCGGCACCAGCUUCACGUGGGACUUGUUCUAGAGCUUUGUCAGCGGCCUGUGGUUGCAAAAGAACUGAACAAGACACAAAGUCCAUUCCUACGUGGAAUAAAAAAAAAACACCUCUCAAGCUCAACCCCUUGGAAAAAGCUUUCAUGAAUUAAAUUCACUCCGUGUUACAAUUUUCUUGUAGAACUUUGCCAGACAUGUAAUCUUAACUUUUUUUUUUCCUCUGUCAUCACGAAGAGCAUUAAAAAUUGAAAAGGAGAUCAGCAAUAAAGGUCACUGGGAACAAAAUGUGGUUUACAGCAAGAUACCUAGAGAAAUCACAUCUGGAACCAUUUUAAUGUGUAAUUACAGAUAAUGAUCUAAAUUCAGUUUAAGAUCCAGGGAUCCUUUUAGGCUUCAGCUUGGGAAAAUAUCCCUGCCCUCUUUAAGUAUUAAACCUGUAGCUUGCUGUACAGUUUCCAUUGUGUAACACAAUCAAAAUCCAGUGUUGUGUACCACUGUAACAUUUUUGUUCUUCACGUAAUAAUCUAUGCUUUGUAAUGUAUAUUUGAGGUAUUUUGAAGCAUUGAGUUGUUCUUCUAAAUCUGAUUGGGUUUUUA